AUGGGAACCAGGAUCGGUGCCGGGCUCAUCCCAGUCCGGCCUCGCCACCUGUGUCCCCGGCAACGCGGGCGAGAAGAGCCGCUCCGGGCCGGGCGCUGGGGCCGAUCGCGGCGGGGCCGCUCGGGCCGGGGCUCUGCCGGGGCCCGGUCGGGGGAGAACGGCGGCGCUUUCCUCAUGCAGACGCGGAGCCGGGGCUGGGACCGGCCGGGGCGCGGGGACACGCCGGGCCGACCCCGGGACCCCCGAGGGCGGGUGGCGCCCGCACCCCCCGCGGGAUCGGAGCUACCCCCGCUCGCGCACCCCCGAGGCCACCGCACCCCUCCCGGGGAGAACAUCGCCCGCCUCCCCCUUCGCCGCGGCCGCGGGGGGUUCCCGCCCGCAGGGCCCCCCGGGAACGAGGGCUCUAGGGCCCGCCGGGGCUCCGGCCACGGGCCCUCUCCGGCCGCGGGGAGCCGGGGCUCUGCCGGGGCAGGGAAGAACGGGGGCAGCCGUUCCCUCGUUCCUCCCACGCUCCGGGACCCCGAGCAGAGCUGCCUGUCUGUCCCCGUGUCCCUGUAUGGGGAAGGUCCUGCCUGGGAGGGAAACGGCUACAGGGGAGGAAACCAAGAAACGCUCCAACUGGACGGUGCUGCGCGAGUCAAAAGAGGGGCAAGACCGCAGAGAAAUACAGUCAGGAAAUGCGCUUUUAUUAGAUCUCUGCACGAGCCCUUCGCAGCCACGGGCCGGAGGGAGCGCGGCCGGCUGGGCUGUGCCCGGCUGGGGACGGGCACCAAUUCAUCACUGCUCUGCUCAGGGAGGUUUUCCGGCCCCGUCCGGGAUUCACCCAACGGCUGCAAAGGUGCUCGGGCGACGUCCGAGCUCGUUUCCAGGGAUAAAGGAGCCAACCGAGUCCGGAGGAUUCCCUCGCUCCGAGGCAAAGGCGUCGGUCGAGUGUCGCCGCCUGGUCCCGCCUGCGGAGGGGCGUCUCCUCCAGAACCAGCUGGGCAGGGAACGUGGGCCGGGAGGAGGCCGGAGCGACAGACAGACAGACAGAUAGAGAGCGAGCCAGCCCUGCUUGGGCUUCCUAUUGCCAGGGGAUGGAUGAGCUGUGCCCUGGAGCUGUGCCCUACAGCCCACGUGGGGUGGGCACGGGGAAAGGGCUGCCCGCGGCUCCUCAGCCGGAUGUGCAUCCCUUUCCUCGGGGAAAAGAACUCCCCGAGGCCGCUCCCGAGGCUCCGAAGGGACAGCGGCUUCCCGCCCGGAGACACGUCCUCGCCCGUGCUCAGGGGCUGCCUCACCCCGGGCCGGGAGCGCGUCCGGUCCCCGCCUUCUCCUGGGCCAACACAUCCCCUGGAGCCCGGCCCGGGGCGGAGAAUCGGCCCAAUUCCAGCCAACUUGCUCAAGUCCCCCCAGGGACACCAGCGGGGCCGGGGCAGGAGGGUUACAAACAGUAAAGUCUGUGCAAUAUCAAUCUGUCCUUGUCCCGAUCCCGCUCAGCAAACCUGGAACCGUGGCUGCUUCCUGGCAAACCUGGCCUUAAAGCUCUGCAGGGGAAUAGCCGGGCUCCAGGAAGCACUGGGAGGCUGUUCCAGCAGGAAUUGCUGGCUGUAG